AUGGCGGCCCGUUCAACUGUGGGCGAUUCACCCUUUGUGUUUCGAAUUUCACACGACGAACUGGUAGCCUAUGCUGAUGAACUAGACAGAAAAAACGAGAAAAAGAAUUCAAAAAAGAUAAAUCACGGAAAAUAUGAAGAAAAGGAUUCCAAACCGAAGAAAUUCGAUAGGAAAACUGACGUCAGCAAGAAUGCUUCUCACUCCAAAGCCGAAAUGGAAGAAAGUUUUGGGGGAAAAGAAACCAAGUUUAAUCACGAAAAGGAUAACGAGGGUCUCAAGAAAACAAAAGCUGAAAAAAGGAAAGAUAAAAGAAAAUCGCCAUCGUCCAAAUCUCGGCAUAAUUCCUCCUCAAACACAGAGGAUGAUGUCGAUCCAAAGGAGAAAUGUCCGGUUACUAAUAGCGACCAAAUUGGAGUGAAUGAAACAGGAAAGGCUACGAGAAAGCGUCGUGGAAAUGUAAGCAAAGCAACCAAAGCUGAUGAGGAUGAAAAAGACAUUGAAAAAUAUGAACUUGAUCUGAGAGCUCGCACCGGUGGUGUUUUGAAGCUUUCUAAAGAACCUUCUUAUGCUGCAGAGGAUUCGCUUAAGGAUGAAAAACCAAGGGGAAUAAUUAAGUUGCCCGAAGGUUUCCAUAUUAAUAGUCACAAUGCAAGUGAAGAGGAAGGUUUCGCAUCUGAUAUACCUCCCCGCAAGAGAACUUCAAGCAUGAAUGAUGGCAGUAGCAGAAGCAGUGGCCUUCAUGGUCCUGCUCAUACAGAGAAAUCAGUGUCUCCAAAUAAAGAAGUUCGGUUUAGUACAGUAAAUGAAAAGAUUAAAGUACCUCCAAAAAAGCAUAGCACAAGCACAGGACAAUCUGGAGACAAACACGCUGAAGUAAACAAUGUUGACAGUGAUAAAUGUGUGGACAUUCAAAACACUUCAAUGGAGAACAAUGUCAUUUAUGAGACUAAAGCAGAGAAAACACUUAAGUCUAUAAAUCAACAAAGAGCUCAAAGACUGUUAAAAGUUGUGGCACCUAAAGGGGCGCAGCUGAUUCAUUUGUUAUCUCGUGGGACACUUGACAAGGCAGCUUUUGCAAAAAUUUGUAGCCUAAGUAAAGAGAUACAAGACACUUACAAAGGGAUUAUGAUGCUUGACAUUGGCCUGGCUACUCAACUAGAGAUUGAUCAAAACCUCUGGAAGAGUGCAUUUUAUAAGGUUAUUGAAACACUGAGGAAGUAUGGAAAACUCUUUUUGGGAUAUGAAGAAAAAUCAGAUGUACUCUCUCCUAAGGAAAUAAAUAACUGUUUGAAGGAAUUCUUGAAAGAUGCGGAGACAUUUUAUAAAAGUCUUCUGGAAUUGUUACAGAAAGAGCAUGAUUUCUCAAUUCAGGAUAUUGUCAGUCAACCAAGGAAGGCAGAAAAACUUGGGAAGAAUGUAAGUACCUCCAAUAAUUUUUCCUCUUCAUGGGUCUUACACUUUCUUUAAGCCUUUUUAACUAGGUGCUCAUCUCCACAAAGGCAAGUUUUCAUUCUUGUCAAUACUAGAAUCCUUCUCCUCGAUAGAUUGCCUUACAAAGUAAUCAAGCUCCAUCUGUUUGGGUUGGGAAUCAGAGUUGUCCUUCUCCUAGACUGGCUGCCAACCAUGGCUAACAGGUCCAACCUACCUAUCCUUGCUGUACCACUGGGUUCUUGGUCAUGCCACAAUAGUAACCCUGUAGAAACAUGGGGGGGGAAAGGCCAUAUGUAAUGACCUUCUGCCUAGCUAGGGGUCAUGCAGCAAUGACCACUCCUGACAAGGAGAAAAGGAAGAGUGAUCAAAUUGCACAUCCUAAAGUGAGCAUGAUGUUUGGCUCAGACCUCUCAACCCCACAAAAGCCUCAUGCACUCCAGGGCCAAGGAGAAUUGAAGAAAAAGUUAGUUGUGAAUGAUUGUUUUUUUGUUUUGUUUUUUUUUUUAAAACUUUGCAAGAAUAUGACCCUUUUAUUCCAAGGAGUGAUAAGUUCCAUGCUUAGCAUGCAUUUAUCAAUGCAAGCAGGACGUUUUGAGAGCACAAGAAAAAUGGAAGAGUUGCUUCUUAGGGCCAUGUGUAAUAAUGAUUUUUACUAUGGUAGCAUAGGAGUUAAGUAGGACUUGCACAUGCUAUGUUGUGCAGAAAGGUCAGUGCUUGUCAUUAGGCAACUUCAAAUCACACUUAGAGCAAACACCAGCUGUAUGUUACUUUAUUAUUUAACACUGUGAUCUAAACAUUUAUUCCAGGCUAAACUUGCUCUUAUGAGCUCACAGCACAUUUUAAUUUCCCUUGGAGACAUAGAAAGAUAUCAAGUGCAAUUUCAGCCCCGACCAAACUGGGCGUCCAUCAGAUCAUGGUAUCUUAAAGCAAGCAAACUGGCUCCAAAGAAUGGUAAACCUUACAAUCAGCUUGGCGUAAUUGCUGUGUCAGCCAAUCGCAAGCUAGACUCUGUCUAUUACUACAUAAGGAGCCUAGCUGUGAGUAAUCCAAUUUUGACAGCAAGGGAAAAGCUGACAGCCAUUUUUUAUGAUAUCCAACUGAAGGUAAGCAAUUAUUCCAGGGUGUCAGAAACCAUCAAAAGUCAAUGUAAUUUACUUAACUGCUCAGCAUAAAGGUUAGCUGUUUUGUCACCUAAUAGGUAUAGUUAAGUUGAACCUUGAUGAUCUGGAUUCACGAGGACUGAGUUGAAAAGUGCAGACAGUGAAGAAUCCAGAUUGAAAAUUGAAAAUAUAUGAAUAUUAAUGACCAAAAAUAAAACUGAAUAACAGAAAAGACAAUACAUAUCGUUCAAUCAAUAUUUAUGCAUGAAUCAAAGCAUAUUCUCAAAUCAUUGUGCAUAGGCCGCUAAUAUUUGCCAGAAGUAUUUUUACAAAUUUACAAAAGCUAACCAACAACAUAACAAAAUGCAACCAGAGAAUCAAGUCCAAAUAACUGAAAAAUUGUAAUAAUCAAGGUCUGAUCAUGAAAAUGCAGCCAAGUACAACCUGAUUAUAAGAGGUUUCUCUAAGUUGCUGAAAUAGACAAAAUUAAUUCCACCAUGAUUAAACAGGAUAUCAUUUCCAAUGUUUUUUUUUUACUGUUUAUAUUAUAUCAUUGUGUAGGCAGACAGAAUCCAAAGAAAUGAGGAUCAGAGGAAGACUCAUUCGGAACAGCAAAUCCAUCAGAAAAGAGAGAAGAGGCGAUCCUCAUUUGGAGAGGGUACCAAGGCUGUUGAGCUAAAAUCUGAUCAUAAAUCAUCUCAUGGCAGGUUUGAAUUCAUGUUGAGUUAAUUUCUUAUUUCAUUCUUUUAUUCUCAUAGAAGGUGUGAUUUGUUAUUGAUUUUGUUAAAGCAGACCUUUUAUUAAUUAUUAAGAUGAUAGUGUUUUUUUAGCUGUGAGUCACUGCAAGUUGUGUUGUGCUUAACAAGUAAUUUAAUGAGUACUGUAAAUGCUGGUGCACUGUAGAAACUGCACCAUUUUUCCAGAAAUUUUUUUAUCAAAUCAGGGGUGCAGCUUAUCUGUGAGAACAUCUGGAAGAUGUGCUACAAACACCAGUCUAAGUUGGUAGAUAUGAUGUCUAUAUUCUAACAGCUAGAAUUAUAGAUAAGGAAUCAUAAAUUAGUGUUUACAUAAACAUGAAAUGGGCAUAAGGUUCAAACAGGAAAUAAUAUGAGUGGCCAGUGCUCAAUAUAGGAAUCAAAAUUUUGUUUAUAUAGGCAUGAGGUGUGGAUCUUCAUGUGCCAAGGAAAAUACAGAAGAGUAGUGGUCACCGACCAUGGUAAAGUACAAGAAGUUAAUUCAAGAGGAGAACCCAUCCUGGAAGGACAAACUGAGGAGCAUUCUACAGACCCUGUAAAAGAAUCACAAAAGAUUUCUCUUCAAGAGGUAUUAUCAUUUAUAACUUAACAAUUUUAGCAAAGACCUUUUACCUUCAUUGCCAUGAAUUGUUUAAUUUCUUUUUUUGCAAGGUCAACAAGAAGUUCAUGCUCCACUAUCUUUGUGCCCAUGGUCUUUUGUACUCAAGAAUUGGGUAAGAUACAAAUGUGUAUUUUCCUUUUCAACCCUUUGAUCCUGAAGAGUGUCUAGAGUUUUUUCUCACAAUGUUGCCUUAAAAUCACACAUUAAAGUCACAAGAACAAAUGAAAUUACCACCCACUAAAAUUUAAAGCUUUUGAUUGCUAAACAAAUUAUCCUUGUCUGCACCUUACAAAAUGUCUAGAGAACAGUAUGGAGAAAAUGCAUAGUGAUGUUAGGGUGGAAAGAGUUAAGCUAAAUGUGGUUAAGAUACUUAGCUCAUCUGGGUGUAUAAUACAAAGCAGUUAAGGAUUGUUACCCUUGUUACUUUCAGAUCAAGUAGCUUUUCCUAUUUACUCUCAUUGAAGAGGUACACUUUUUUGGGUGGGAGGAAGCUUCAUUUUCAUCAGUAAGGCAAUGACGAUUUUUAAUUUAAUUUUUUUUGUCUCACAGUAUGGAAAGGUUGCCUACAUUACAGUACCAACUCCUGGGUGAGUUCCAUACUUUGCUGGAGUACCCAUCUUGUUCUGCAAUAAGCAGGUCUAACCUUCUACAAAUGAUGGCCAUCAACAUGUUUGCUAUUGAACACACUUCAAGCCAGGGUGAGUAGCUCUACUGUUGUUACUUAAAGUUGUUUCAGUAGGCAACUCAUCACUAGGUGCCUGAAGCUUGUGGUGGUGGAAUUUGAAAGUGCUUAGCUCUUAAAAUGUACCUACUGACUGAGUGGGAGGACUGGGAUGUCCAGGAAAAUAUUUAGUGCAAGGCCAUAACUUACAGACUGAGUACAACAAGAUGUAUGCUUUGAACAUGAUUCAUGACUCAGUCAAUAAGCAGUUUAUCAUAUGUCUGAGGUUCUUUCUUUUUUCCUUUCCUCUUUGCUAGCUGCUCACUAAAGUGGUAUGGCUUUUUCUAGCCUUGCUCAUUCCAUCUCAUAUAGCCAUCACACAGGGAUUUUUGUCUUUUGUUUUAUGUCUUUUGUCUAAAGAGUGCCUGGGGUAGUAGGAGUCAUAUACUAAUUUACACCAUUCUCCUGCUUCUACAUUUCUUAACCCUUUAACACUUAAGAGUGACUAACAUCUAAUUUCUCCUUAUAAUAUUACCACUAAAUCACACAUUAAGGUCACGAGAUUAAAGGAAAUAAUCACCUACCAAAAAAAACUCUUGAUUGUUAGACAAAUUCUCCUGGUCAGCACCUUAUUACAUGUACAGAGAACAGUAACAAGAAUAUGAAUACUGAUGUUAGGGUGUAAAGGGUUAAUGGAAACCAAGAAACUUUGGCAGCAAUAGGCCAUCAGGUUUUCAACACCUAAACGCAUCCUAACUAAACUUGAAAUAAUAAAUGAAAUCUUUUUUCUGCGGUAAGUAGAUGCAGCAGAACCUUAUGUCAGAGUGGGCACACCUCAAGACCAAGCUAUGAACCUUGCUGUUGAGAUGUUCAUCAUGCUGCUCAAGGCCUGCUGUGCCCUGCUACUGAAAAUAGACUUUAAAGCAAGAAACACCUAUGAAGGCCUCAGUGAUACCCUUCAUCAGUUCCUACCCUCAGUCAAAGUGUUUGCAGAUUGGGUGGUCUGUCAUGUUGACCUGUGGCAAGUCUCCUCUAUAAGGUAAGUUGUCAGUGUGUGGGAGCUAAGCAAGAAGGGCAGAAAACAUGUAGAAAAGUUUUUAAAGUUAACCCUUUCACUUCUAAGGCUCAAUUUUUGAUUCUCUAUGCUGUCUGUUGUACAGUUCUAAGGUUUUCAUUGAGAAAUGGAGUUGAAGGAGAAUAGUGUAAAAUAAUAAUAUUCUCCAUUGGGAGUACAAAUAAUGCAUGAAUCAAAUACAAAUAUCUUGCAAUAUUGUAUGAUUAUUUGGACAGUUGCUUACUUAGCACUGUUAAAAAAACUGGUUUGACGGGUUUUCUUCACUUGUGUGAGCUGUUUCAAAGCUUUAUAAUAGAUAAUCACUUAUACUUGACUUUCUAUUGUGGCUGCACAACUCAUAAACUGCUCAGCAAUACUACACACCUAAUGAGAUAUAAGUCUGAUUGUGGUGAAAAGAUUAGCUGUAUACUUCUUUAUUGUCAUUGUAGAAUUCUCCAUUGAAUACUCCAUACUUGAAAGAAAUCCUGCUUUUCUUGUAAUUUUAGGUCUGAAAUUUGGUGCUAAAUUUAAGCUAAAUCAAGCAAUGUCCCUUUGUUUAUAUUUUUUUUGUUCUUUUCUCUGCCUUUCUUCUUGAAGAUAUGUCAAUGUUGUGGGGGGAAUUAUUUUUUGGUUGCCCAUAAGUGAAAGGUUUAAUACAAAAUCUAACAGAAAGACUACAAACCACAUAAAGGCAACUAACAAAUGGCUAUACUUACACUUUUUCUUUAACCCUUCAAUUCCCAAUUGUGACCAUAGACAGAAUUUCUCCUUACACUAUUAGUACAAUAUCAAGCAGACUAGUAAUGAGAAUAAAAAAAAUAUCAAUAAGGGGAUUAUUAGUUGAUCCAACUCCAAAUUCUCCAAACAAACAUCAAAUGAUUAUUUUGACAGACAUUUAGGAGAAUUGAUAACGAGAUCUUGGGAGUUAAAGGGUUAAUAUUUGUUGACUGAUCAGAGGACACACUUUGAGUGCACUUCUUCAUUGUACUUUAGCACUCACAGAAGUCUUUGGGAAUCAGUGAGUCAAUUCACAAAUGCCAUAUCUUAUGUGGAUAUUGAUGACCUUCAUGAUGAUGAUGGUAAGAAACUAACUAAGCUUUUACAAUUCUUGUCACUGUCGUAUUUUAUUAUAUCUGUCAGUUAGUACAUGUCUUGUGGUUGGUCAAUUUAGCAGGCUGUAUUUCACUGUAUGGCCUGCUAAAUUCAAAAGUUUGUUUGAAUUGAAGUCUUCCCUUCUAUUUUAACUCAGAUGUCUUGCUAGCAUCAUUUUCUCAGUCUGUUUAUUAAGUUACUUAACAUUCUUCAAACUCAGUUAACUAAAGGUAUUUAUCAUCAAGUUGCUGAAAACUUGACAUCAGAAGUAUAUAAAUACCCAACUGCCUUCCUUUUCUGUGCAAGAUAGAAAAUUACAUCUGUGAUUUGAACUUUCAAAUGAACUUUCUUUAUUACACGUUCUAUUGACAGAGCCUUUGUUGUUGUAUGGUUAAGCUGCCAUAUUAGUUUUCAACAGUAGCUUACAUAUUGACUAUGAGCCUUCUUUACCUUUGUGGUAAUCUUUCUGUAUCAUGUGCUAGCUAAUGAGAUGGUAACCUUGAUGGAGGAUGAAUUUCUUGCUGGAUUUAAGCCAUUGAACACAGCAGUGAGACCAAUGUGUAAAAUUCCAGAUGCAAACAGUAAGGUAGAGUAAACCUGUAAUAAUUAAUAGUUAUUUGUUUUUCUAGGAAUCGAUGUAUAAAAAACAACAGACCUAAAUCACUUUCUUUGGUGAAAUGUGGUUUUUUGCGGGAUGACAUCAGAUGAAUGGGGUGGGGGUUUUUUAGGGUCAAAUGUUAUCAGUGUUUAACUCAUUGCAGAUCUCUCAUGGGCUCACAUUGUUCAAAGUCUCAUACUUUCCUACAGACAAAGAAAUGCUUGGGUCAAAGCACUAAUAAUGACAGCUUGCUUGCAGGCUAAUUUUAAUUGGUUGAUAUUGCUCAAUGUUUACCAUUGUGCAUUUUUUCCCUCCAAAAGGAAAAAGCAGAACAAGGAUAAAAAUGCAGAAUGAUAUUUAUCAUUUAAUGGCCAGCUAGUAUGUGACAAUUUGGAUCAGAUCUUCAAAACACACACUAUUUUUAACCUUAAAUUAGCCUAGAGUUGUAGUGGUGAACUUUUUAACUAAUCAGAGUCACAGUUGUAUAAUACAUUGAAAAACUUUUUUUAGCUUGAAAAUCAAAUUACAGUUAGGUGUCACUUUUGGUGAGAAAGUAGAAGUUUCUUAUCAAAGUGAAAUUUUUUCAUGUCUUCCACAGAAUCUUGCUGAAGAUUACUUGCGAUGCCAUAAUCUAAAAGAGUUUGCUGCAUUUUUGGUCUCACUGGAGCAUCCACCACUGGAGUUUGAUAAUGACAAAGGAGAAUUCUCAGCAGUGCUUAAAAGUACACCAGUGUCACCAGCGAAGGAGUCACAAGUCAUGGUUCACUUGGACACAUCACAACAAAAUGAACAUGAGGUUUGUACCUUGACCCCCCUUAUACCCUAACAUUGGUAUGCAGGUUCUCCUUACUGUUCUCUAUACAUCUUCUAUGGUACCUGCAAGGAGAAUUUUUCUGACAAUCAAGAGCUUCUUGAAUUUGCAAUCAUUUCCUUUAUUCUCAUACCUUCAUGUUUGAUUCAGGGAUGAAUUCUACUGGUCUCACUGUUUAGGUUAGCAAUGGGCUGUUUAGUGACAAUAUCCAGCCAUUCCAUCCAAUUCAAAUCACCAGCCAGAGCAUACAAUAUAAAUCAUAUGUAUGUUGUCACACAAUUUUGUUGGGUCAAGCAGAAGAAAAAUUUGAACCUCCAAAUAUUUUUGUUUGGUAUAGGACUCGGAUGAGGAUGCUGAUGUUAUCAUUGAGAGUGAAGAGGAGCAGCUGGACUCAGGGUAUAACACUCAUCACAUAUAACAAAAUACGCUUGUUAGAAAAUAGUUUGAACCAGGAGUAACGUUAUAAUGUAGUGUGAUCGUCCAGGUGAGUGUAGUCCUGAGAAGGACUAUUGUCGCCAUAAGUGAUUAAAGUUUCGACAACCUUAGUCGAGGUCACUAUCAGAGUCAAGUGAAUAAUUGUUGUCAGUUGAAUGUAUCAGCGGUAAGUCUGGUUUAUGUAAACUGAUUGGUCACUUAAGCCAUGAUGUUAUUGGCUGGUAAUCAAUCUCCAAUUAUAAUUUUUUCAAUUAUUAUUGUGACAAACAAAUCCUUUUGUCAUGUUGCUUUCUAGGGGCUACAUAUUUGACACAGUUUAUAAAGUAUUUUAAAUACUUAGCCUAAAUUUUUUUAUGUUAGUUGUUUGUCACAAAUUUUUCAAAAUUUUGCUAUCUUCAAUGUACUCUUUUGUUAUUUUUUUGUGUCCAUGACCAAGUAAACUUUAAUUUAAUGGAAAGUUUCACAGUAGAAAAUCUUCUUUUUGUUCUGGUUUACUCAGUAAAUUACAUUUUCAUAGGAUUUUGUUUGUUUGAUAACCAGGCUGUUGAUAUUAGCUAUACCUGACAUGUUUGUUUGUGUUCUUUCUUGUGUAAGACACAUACCAUUUGGUUAUGUAAAACUUCUUUUCUGCCAAGCUGGUUAGCAGCAGGUUUUUUGAGAUCAUGCAAUGCUGUAGCUUGGAGAAAAUUGGCUGAGCUUUGUCAUUUAGCAUUUCAUUAACUUACACAUGAAAAAUCACAUCUACUGGAUUUUUUGCUUUACAGUGAUGAGGUGGAAAAAGACCUGAAGGAACUCAAGGUAAAACUUGUCUUUACCUUAAUUAUAUCACUUUUUUUUCCAAUAAGUACUCUCAAGAGGAAGGGCCUUAAAAUUGUUUUGCUCUCUUCUGCAGGCCAAAAAAGAUGCCUUGAAAAAGCAAAUGGAAGUUCACAAGCAGAGAGAGGAUAAGGCAAAGGUCAGUUUCCCUAGGAUGAUCUCAGGGUGUUGAGCAUAGAUCCAAAUUUACUGUGAUGCACCCUGUAACAAUGAUUUGUUUCCACUGACUGCAGGCAGUGAUAGAGGAACACAUUUCUAAGCCACGUCUUAUGUUUGAGAACUACCCAACAUACUUGGUACCAGACACUAACUGCUUUGUGAAUCAUUUGGAAGGGGUCAAGGCCAUUGUGGCCAGUCAGGAUUUCACUCUAGUUGUGCCACUCAUUGGUAAGUGAGUUGAAGUGUUGGCUCAAUUGCUGUUCUUACACCCCUCCAUUAUUUUUGUCACCUUUAAAGUGUUUUUUUUGUUAAAUCUUCUGCAGUAAUUAAUGAGCUUGAUGGUCUGAAGAAAGAUGUCCUCCUUGAUAAAUGCGAUGAUUUACAGCAUGCUCAUUAUGUCAUGGAGAAUGCCAGGUGUGUGUGUAUUAUAAACAAAGAAGCUCUGGUGGCUUGUGAAGGAAAUGAGAAAAUUUUUUCUCAUUUUCUCUCUGUGCACUUCAUGUUGUCCUUUCCCAAAUAACCUAAGCACCACUAGUAGUAGUUUACAGGUGUGGAAUUUAUGGAGCCUGAAAUUUCCUCAAAGAUAUAGUAGAUGUAUCUAGUAGAUAUAUAUAGUAGAUAAGAUAUAGUAAAAGUAAUGAGUUAGAGGCUUCCUAGACUCUUGUGCAAAUUCUUUUUGAGGUCAAACCCAAAUAACUUUUCACCAGAAGCUUGUAACUUACGUAUGAUGCCUUUGACAGAGGAGAAAGACAAUUUUAAGUAACUAAUAGCUUUUACAAUUCUGUUUGUAUUUUCAUUCUGUUUGUAUAUUUUAAAACUGUUGGCAAAAAGGUUGUAUUUGUAAAGGAAAAAAGGAAAUGACAAUAGACAAAACCUGGAAGAAACAUUUGUAUAUGUUACAAUUUUUUUUAUAUAUCUGUCUGUAGAUCUGCAAUUCAUUUUCUUGAGUCUGAGUUUAGCCAGAGAAAUCCUCAGGUUAAAACAGUUACCAGCAAAGGAACAGAGUUGGAUACAAUUCAAUUUAGAAGCGAGGAUCCUUCUGGAAGAAAGGUGACAUUUCAUUCCAUUCCAUAUAUCAUGAAUAUAUUACAUUAGCAGACAGCUCCAAUGGAAUCUGAGCAACUGACCAUGAGACACAGAUAAUGUAUACAAUGUUUUAACAUUGCAAUAUUUACAUGCUCCAAGCCUUGUGGUGUUUGGCACACAGGAAGGAGCAUACAAAAUGAAUUUAUUUUAUAAAUUAUAACUUUUCUGACAAUGAUAAGUGGGGGAACACAUAUCCUAAAACCACCUCCCAGUUACACUUUUGGGUUCCCUGUUUAUCACAACUUAUCAGAGACAAGCAUCUUUUGAUUUAUUUAUUACUUGUGCGUUGACUAAAACCUGUUGGUCCUGAUGUAUAUGGGUUGUUUCAGGGCAAAGGAUGCAAUGAUGAUGUUAUUCUCUCCUGUUGUUUACACUACUGUGAAGAGAACUUUAUCAACCGGUUGGCCACAGGUAUUGUUUUCUUUGUCAGAAAAAGUUGAAAGUUCCUUAGAGCUGAAAAUAAUCUCAUAUGGUUUGUUUUAAGUCGCUCUUUUUUUCUUUUACCUAUUUGUCCAUCUCAAUGUCAAUCUAAAACAUAGUGCAUGUAGUUUUCAGUUUUGUUUGCAAUAUUUUUGCUAAAAUAUUAAGCAAAAUGAGUUGAUAAUAGAGUUUUUUCCAAUAGUGUUGUAAAACUAAAGCCAAAGUAAUCAAAAUGGUCAUGCAGAAGAUAGCAAAGUACUGUAUAGAACCAAUGAGAACUCAAAGUCAAACCAACCAAACUGAUUAAAGCAUGGGAAAAUACAAGCGACCUAGUCAUGAUUAUUUUUAGUUUUGCUUCUGUUUUAUAAAGAGUGGUGCAAGUUUUCUAAACUAAGCACAGAGCAAAGUAACACUGCUCUGAUGAGGAUCAUGUUUCCUUUUUUGUUUCUAUUGUUGUCAUAGUUUGCAAAGAUUUGUUAAUGGGUAAGAGUUAUGAGAUUAUUGUACUUUUAUCCUUCCCAAUAUUGAAGUUAAACAGGGGAAGAAUGAGGCUCUGAAUUAUUAUCCUUUUUGCAGCCUAUGCUCAAAGACAAGGAGGCUAGUUAGUUUUAAAUUAUUGUUACAUUUUCCACAGCAAAUCAACCAAUAACAAUUCAGAGGAAAGUAGUUUUGCUGACAGAUGACCGGAACCUAAGAGUGAAGGCUUACACCAGGAAUGUCCCUGUACUUACAAUACCACAGUUCAGACAAAUGGCUAGGCUGUAA